CUGUCCGCUGCGGCCACCGAAGCACCGCAGGAGAGGCAAAAUGGCCCUGAGUUCCCUGACGGCAGAGCUGCUGGCGGGGGAGAAGCUGAUGCGAGAGGUCGCCGUUUCCACCGGCCCCUCCCUGGAGCUGUGCACCGUCCCUGCCAGCCUGGGCUCCGCGGUGGCCACCGGCGCCCUGGAGCAGCUCUUGGCCGUGGAACAAUCAGUGAAAAGUGACUAUUUUAAAUGCAAUAAAGAAGCUGGCAUCUUUCUUAAGGACGUUGCUGUAGCUGUGAAGAAACUGGAGGAAAUGAGAAAAACCACAAUCGAUCUGCUGGAAAUUGAGAGCAUGGAAUUCAGCAGGUUGUAUUACCUGCUGGGGACUCUACCCUACAUCAUCAACAAGGAAGUGGAAGAAUGCGUCAGGGAUGCUCGCAAAACAAAUCUUUUGGAGAUCAAUGAAAUACAAACAAAAAUUAGAAACACAAGUAAUGAAAUAGCAUUUAUGAAGAAAAGAAUAAUGGAGCUGCAAGAAGAAAAUGAAGCUCUUGGUGAGAAGCAAAUGGAUGUGGCAAGUCAGCAUGAGAAGUUAAUCGUGGCACUCAACUACACGAUGGAAGAAAAAGCCACAGCCACUGUUUACAUAAGUGAGGCUUACACCAGAAUCAGCUUCGAGAAAGAAGAAAUAGAAUCAAUUAAAAAAAGUACUGAAGAGAUAGAGGAGGAAAUAGAGAAGCAAAAAGGAGACUAUUUGGCAAAAAAACAACUUUUGACUGGGCACAUUUCAGAAUACAAAAAAAACUGUGAACUUAAGAGAAAGGAGACCUAUAAAAAGAAGAAAGAAUUGGAUAAAUUACUAGCUAAAAUGUCCACAAUGAAAGAAGCAGUUACUGCUAGAUCAGUGAUUCUUAGCGAUCACAAUUUAGAGGUGGCACAACUACACGAAUCAAUAAAUUAUUGGGAAAAGCAAGUGGAAGAAAUUAAGAAAUGUUGUAGGAAUCUGGAGGACAAAAUGCAGUUUUUCACGGAUCACAAGGAGAAGCUGGAGAGUAUAUCCAUUAUUGAAAAAACUGAAUACCAGAAAAAGAUAAAGAAGCUGACUGAAAAACGACACAAAGUUCAAACAGAAAGCAAAGAUCUACGGGAGAAACUGCAAACUCUUAUGAGACAGUAUAAGAUUGUCUUAAACGAGGAGGAUAAAGUGUUUGCACAGAAACGGAAGGCCCAGGAUGAAAAUCAGAAACAGCUGGUAUUCAUUGCUCAGAAAGAAAACUUCGUGUCCCAAAGAAAGGUAGACAUCAGAAAUAUGGAAGAAGGACUCAUCACCCUCAGGGAGCUUCAUCUAUCAACAAAAGAAACAUACCGGAAACAAGUAAAACUCCUGAGUGAAAACCUGGAAAGAGAAAAUCAGAGAUGUGUCAUAACGCAGUGGAAAAUAGGCUGUAUGAGAAAAAAGCAUCAGCGCUGGAGAGUCCAAGCAAAGGUGGAGGUAGAAGAACUGGCAGAAAAAAUCGAGCAGGCGGAGCGCAAACGAGCUGAGUUGCUUCGCGAGACCGCUCUUAGAGAAAGUGAGAUCACUUCUUUCAUGGCACAGAUUGAAAAAAUUACCAUGGAGUUAGAAGAGGAGGAGGCAGAAUUUAUCACCACAGAAAAAACCCUCAUAGAAGAAAUAUGCAAGUACGAGGAAAUAUUUAUUCAGAAGGCACAAAUUAAUAAAGAAAAGGAAGAAGAACUAGUGGACCAGCUCCCACAACUCCAGAUGGCAGAAGAGGAGUACACGGCAAAACAUCAAAUGUUGAAAGAGCUCACUGUUGCUCUUGCAGCACAAAAGGAGGAGGAGAAUUUGCUGAAAACUUGCAUUCCUCAGUUUACAAGGGACUUUUCAAGAUACUUUAACAGCGUGGAUAAAGUGAAGCAAGAAGUCAAAUAUUUACGAGAUCAAGAAAGCAAAAAAAUAAAAGAUCAUUUUGAAAUGCUCAAGAACUUAGAAAAUGAAAUCUACGUCAAUGACCAAAAAGUGGAGAUGUUGCUUCUGGAAAACAAAAAAUUGAAAGAAUAUGUUUCAUACCUAAAGGACAACACAGAGAAAUGGAAGAAUGGACAGGAAUCCCUCAGGCGUAACUUCAGCAGACUGUCCUGGGACCUGAUAAUUCAGCAGACACAUUAUAUGGAUUUGUGGGCUGAAUUUCAGACUAUGGCUAAAGAUUUGAUAUGCUCCGGUGAAGAGACCUUGCAAGAGAUAAAAAAACUAAUCGACAAACUGCAUGAAAGGGAUGAGAAAAUCGAAAAUAUCAGUACUUGGCUGCAAGGGAAUCUUGAAAAUCUACGUUCUCUCAUGAAAGAGGAAUCACCAGUGGACCUUACCAGUCAAAAGGAUCACAGGGCAACCAAGAAAGCUAAAUUCCCACGUCCAAAAUGUGCCAGGAAAAAGGCAUUAACAAAGACCAACUAACACAACCACUCGACGAUACAACUGCCAGGACUCCUGAAGGCAGAAACAAGCUGCAGAAAAAGUGGGUUCGCUUCCUUUCAUAUAUUAGAAGUGUUCGUGUAAG